UAGUAUUCGUCGACAUGUCAUCUCCACUCUUACAAUUUCAGUAAGAUUGGAAUAUUUCUCAACUAUGCCAUAUCUGAAAUGAUAGCCAAUGCAUCAAGACAUUUGUUCUAGCAUAUUAAACGAAAAGUAUCCUACUUGAAUUUGUAAACACUCAGGGGAAAUGGGAUUCCCCGGCGAGCUUCUAAUGAUUACUGGACAGAAGAUGCUGCAUCUUUGGUCACGGAUGGAGACUCACUCAUUUCAUGAAGGCUUGUCUCGAGAAGAAAAGAACGGACCUAUCUCCUCCAGUACAAUAUGGCACAACACUUUGGAGGAAAAUGGAGAUCGCAUAGCUGCACCAUGUCAGGCUCCAUCUGGCUGCUCCUGGUCCUCACCAGUCCACUGGUGGCCUCCUUCCUGCCCCUGCGCCAGCUCGCUCCCUGUGAAGUGAUCGAGAUGGACGCGUCCUGCACCAAUCUGAACCUGGACACCGUUCCAGACAAGCUUCCCGAAGGCAUCCAAAAAAUUGACCUAUCGUGGAACAUUUUACAAAACCUUACCCAAGAGGGUCUGGCAUUCUACAGCAGUAUACAUCACCUGAACCUACAUUCCAACAAGAUACAGUUCAUCCAGCCUGGCUUGUUUAAAGACAUGACCAGUCUUAAAGUGCUGAACCUCUCCAGGAACUACUUGGAUGUGUUUGCUGUCUCUAAGACCCAUGUUGGUCCACUGACAGCUGUAGAGAUGCUGGACCUCUCAGGCAAUGGCCUGUUCACUGGGAUGACUGACUACUUCCUGUGUGACGCUCCUGCUCUCCUAAAUCUGUCUCUGAACAGCAACAGUAUUACCAAAAUAGCCCAAAACACCUUUUGUGGAUCUUUGGCUUUGAGAAGAAUUGACUUUCACAACAACGUCAUCUUGGAGAUUGAGAACGGGGCCUUCGACUCACUGCUCCAGCUGUCUGAACUGGAUUUGUCGAUGAACUCAAUCAGUUGCAUUGCUGACUUUAACCUUUCUCAACUAAAGGUGUUAAAUCUUAGUAAGAACAGCAUGGAAUCAUUCCAAACCACAGACUCAGACCUUGAAUAUGAACUCCUCUACCUUGAUCUGAGAGAAAACAGGAUCCACUACUUUCCCCUCAUCCCCCGAAGGAACAAGCUAAUGUAUCUGGAUGUGUCCAGGAACCGUCUGAGGAGCAUCAACACGACAGGGACGGCAGAGGAGAUGGAACUCCUCAGAGACGUGCUCGCGGCGCCAGGCCAGUCUGCUGGAAGCAGCAGGCACCAAGAUUUCUCGAGGCUUGUGUACCUCGACAUGAGUUACAACCAGAUCAAGAGCAUACCAAAAUCUUUUUUCUGUAGCAUGGUGUCUCUUGAGGUCUUGAACGUUAGUAACAACUGUAUAGGAGCAUUUCUGGUAGAUCAGGAAACCCCCAUGAACGUGUUAAAGACUCUGGACCUGAGCUUCAACGCCCUUCAGAACUUCUCUUUAGGGUCGAACAGCCUGCGCUCUCUCGAGGAGCUCUUCCUGCAGGGAAACUUCCUUCAGACCAUUCAUCCUGCAACCUUCCAAACUCUGCCCUGUAUCAGAUACCUGCACCUCCAGCAAAACUAUCUGAAGGUCUGUGCCACACAGAGAAAACCACCCAACUCUCCAGAGGCAGACUUCACCUCCCACAAUCCUCCAGGAUGUGUCUCAUUUUCUUCCAUACCAACCUUACACUUUCUGUACCUUUCUCAGAACAGUCUUGAGGCCUUGCCCCCAUAUGCCUUCUACGGCACUCCACUGAGGCUGCUUGACCUUUCCCUGAACCCAGGCUUAGAGAUGCAUGAUGAUGCCCUCUCUGGUCUGGAAAACUCCUUGUCUCAUCUAUCACUGAAGGAAAACCACAUGCCAGAACUGAAACCGGACCUCUCCCUGCUGGGAAAUCUAAAGUUUGUGGACCUCUCCGCUAACAAACUGACCACUUUCCCUUUGUGGAACAAGCAGUCGUCCAUAGAGUCCCUGAACCUGCAGAACAACAGCCUGGUGACAGUGCAGUAUGAGACGGUGGUUGCGCUGGAGCGCAGCCUGAAGGUGCUGUAUGUGGGCUCCAACCCGCUGGGCUGCUGCAGCAACCUGCCCUUCCUCCUCAUGCUCCAGAAGGCUGCUGUCACCGUCCCCGACAUCGCCACGGCCACCUGCCUCGACGCCCAGGGCCCCGAGCCUGUGGAGAGGAACAUCGGGAGUGUGACCCAGGAACAGUGCCAGACUCUCAGCAGGAGCUGGAUCAUCAUAGCUGUAGUGAUGGUGGUGGUGUUAAUAGCAGCACUAGCGCUGCUUGUCAAGGUGUGCCUCCCAAGGAAAAGAAGGUUCAACAGUAGCUUCAAGGCAUGAUGAACAUGCCCCCCCCAACCUGAACCCAAUGUGAUUGGCUGGAAAGACAAUCCUGAACCCAAUGUGAUUGGCUGGAAGGACAAUCUUGAAAUCCGGAAACAUGAAGAACAUUGGUGCCUUUUAAUGUGAAGUGGCAUUUUUCCUUCUUAAGCUGACAUUGAGGGAAUGUCAAAAGUUUGAGCAAACCAAGCAUGAAGGAAAAGGCUGUGUAACAUAAAAGCCUUCAUGUUUAAAUUUGUGUCAUACAAGAAGUAUUACUGCGCCGUCAAAGGGGGGGGGGAAUCUUUUCAACAAGAAUUAUUAUAUUUCCCAAGAAGUAGAAUGAUUCACUUGAGGUCACAAUGUUUCUGAUUAAUACAGCAAAGCUCUGGUUUAGUCCACCAGUUCCAGAAAUUAAAUGACAAUAACACAAAAACAAAUGAAAAGGCUAGAAACAAAAAUUGUCACUUUUAACAUACUUUAUAAG